AUGUCCACCAGCGCCAACGCCCGCUACGCCACCAAGCCCAACUUCACCACCGAGUGCCGCUUCAACGCGGACAACCGCGCCGCGAUCCGCAUGGGCGUCGUCGGCCCCUGUGGCCGCCGCUUCCCCGGUUCGUCGGGGUACUGUGACAGCCACGACCCCAACGCCGGAUACUACGAGCAGGAGGACGAGCCGAUGGACGUCGAUACCGAGUCUGAGAGCGAGGACGAGCUCGUCGUCGUCCCCCCGCCCAAGGCCCAGCCCAAGGAGGUGGCGAAGGUCAACAAGGUCGAGGUGAAGCCCGUCCCCAAGGUCGUUGCGCAGGCGCAGGCGCCGGCCCCCAAGGUGCCGCUGCUUUCGAGCCGCAUCAUUACCAAGCCCCUUCCCAAGCGCAAGUAG